CGCUCUAUGGUUCCCCCAAGCUGUGCUGCCUUUGCGUUUGUGACAAGUUUGGCAUCUAACGGGUGCCGUAGUAAGAGGUCAGAGGGAAAAUCCAAUAUGGUAGAGUCCAGUUAAAACACGCCUGAGAAAAGAGAAAGCUAUCUUGCAAACUCAAACCUGUAAAGCCAACUCAGAUCCCUGUGGACAUUAUAUUAAAGGACUCUUCUCGCCUUAGUUGUGGAAACUUUAACUCCUAGAGACCAUGCAGGCUGCUUGUGAUUCAGUCCUAGAUGACAUUGAGGAUAUGGUGUCUGCACAAGAUCCCAAACCACAUGACCGUCAGUUUGCAAGGAAAAACAUUGUUCCUAGAGCCAGCAAAAGAAGACAACAACAGACUGAAGACCCCCAGGCUGAUAGUGUUAUCCCUGGCACUCAGAAGAUCUGGAUGCGGACGUGGGGCUGCUCGCACAACAAUUCAGAUGGGGAGUACAUGGCUGGACAGCUUGCUGCCUAUGGAUACAAAAUGACAGAGAAUCCAUCUGAAGCUGAUCUGUGGCUGCUGAACAGUUGCACCGUGAAAAACCCAGCUGAAGACCACUUCAGAAACUCAAUCAAGAAAGCUCAAGAGCAAGAUAAAAAAGUUGUGGUGGCAGGAUGUGUCCCCCAAGCUCAACCCCGAAUGGAAUACCUCAAAGGCCUCAGCAUUAUUGGGGUACAGCAAAUAGAUCGUGUGGUUGAGGUAGUGGAUGAAACCAUUAAAGGUCACUCUGUAAGACUACUGGGUCAGAAAAAGGAUAAUGGAAAACGGUUGGGGGGAGCUCGAUUGGAUUUGCCGAAGAUUAGGAAAAACCCACUGAUAGAAAUCAUUUCCAUCAAUACAGGCUGCCUGAAUGCCUGUACCUACUGCAAAACCAAGCAUGCAAGGGGUGACUUGGCAAGCUACCCUGCAGAGGAGUUGGUGGAGAGAGCAAGGCAGUCUUUCCUGGAGGGUGUCUGUGAGAUAUGGCUGACCAGCGAAGACACUGGUGCCUAUGGCAGAGACAUUGGCACUGACCUGCCAACGCUCCUGUGGAAGCUGGUAGAAGUGAUUCCUGAGGGGGCGAUGCUGAGGCUCGGCAUGACAAACCCUCCUUAUAUUUUGGAGCAUCUAGAGGAAAUGGCAAAGAUCCUUAAUCAUCCCCGGGUGUAUGCCUUCCUUCAUGUACCUGUCCAGUCAGCAUCUGACAGCGUUCUCAUGGACAUGAAAAGAGAAUACUGUGUGGCAGACUUCAGACGGGUUGUCGAAUUUUUAAAAGAAAAGGUUCCAGGAAUUACUAUUGCUACAGACAUCAUCUGUGGGUUCCCGGGCGAGACAGAUGAGGAUUUCUGGGAAACGAUGAAACUGGUUGAGGAAUAUAAAUUUCCCAGCCUUUUCAUCAAUCAGUUUUACCCACGACCAGGCACCCCUGCGGCAAAAAUGGAACAGGUGCCAGCCCAAGUGAAAAAACAAAGAACAAAAGAGCUGUCCCAGUUGUUUCAUUCAUACAACCCUUAUGAUCAUAAGGUCGGCGAGAGGCAACAUGUUUUGGUGACAGAAGAAUCCUUUGAUGCUCAGUAUAACGUGGCUCACAAUAAAUUCUACGAGCAGGUUUUGGUCCCCAAAAAGCCUGAGUUUAAGGGCAAAAUGAUAGAGGUGGAUAUUUAUGAAACAGGCAAACAUUUUAUGAAGGGACAGCCAGUGGGUGAUGCCAAUGUCUUCACUCCAUCCAUUGCCAAACCCUUAGAGAAGGGAGAAGUUUCUGGGCUUAUCCAUGAAUUUUCAGCAGUACAUCAGAAUGGCAUAAAUGGAAAUGCAGCCUCAAGUUCUGCUGUCUUGCUGCAGCAGUCAUGGAGACCGGAUGGCGUGACUGUCAAGGUGAUCUCUGUGGGUCUGGCUCUACUAGCUGUUAUUGUUGCCUAUGCCAUGGAGAAACUCGGAUGAAACCCUACCAUCACUGGACAAGGCUUCUCACAGGAUGUAGCUGUUUACAGUGCCGCUUGGGCAUGAAGCAGGGUGGUAACACACACUGGAUCAGCUUUUAAACAACUGAGUGAAUGGCUACUUUCAAAUAGUUCAGAUUUGUAUGAUUAGGUUUAAUUUGGUAAUAUAUAAUACCCUUUGAGCACAGUGUGAAUUGAGACUGAUACAUGUCUAGAAAUGGUAGAUUGGAAACUAGUCCUGGCCUUGAAAUACUGUAAAGCUAUAAAUAUUUGCGACCAUAAUAUUCCCGAAUCACACCCAUAAAACCUAUUUUGCUUCAGAAAUGUUGGAAUAUAUACAAAGUGUGUAUUGUUAGUGGAAUUUGAGAUUCGUGCAAAAAAAUGUUUGCAUUUUUUUUCAUGCAAAAAACGCAUAAUAAAAGGCUCGCAAAUAUGUAUGGCUUUACAGUAUGGAUUUUUUAUUCUUUUGAAAUAAAAGUAAGAGGGGGUGGUGAGCGUGCUACUUAUUAAUGAGAUUUAAAGAUCGGAGCACCUAGUGAGUGAAUAUUAAUGCUAUUAAAAUUUCAACAACUCUGUUUUGAAGAUAAAUGUAUGGUUUUGUUUGUUUUUUGGGGUUUAUUUAUGGAAAAGUGUAUGCCAUAGCCCACUUCAACCUUGUUUUUUAGUAUAUUUUGUUUUUUAAUGUCAUAGUUAUUUAAUUGCCCUUCAAAUUGACUGUAAAGAUGCCAUUGAAUUGUAUUUACUUUUAUCACUAUUAAUUCACUUUUAAAUGGCAGAUUUAAGUUUUUAUUUGCUGUACUUAACAUACUGUACAGGUACAACUGUGUGCAAGUAUAUAUUGUUUGAAUUGCUUUUUUCAACUUUUAUCUUUAGAAGUCUUAAUAAACCCAAGAAAAUCUU